GUCCCCAGGAAAUGUCCCCUGUGCUCCUGCCACUGCCCCAGCCCUCCCCCCGGGAUUCCAGAGGGAGGGAAGGAAAGCUCUGCUCCAUCUCACACCGAAGUGGGUGCCCCCACCCAUGCCAGAGGAUCAAACCGUGAACCGAGACUUUCUUUGGCCUCGAACGAGACCUUUCAUCUUUUCUGUUUGCUUUUUCCUCCGGCGGAGCCGGCUCUGGGCUGACUUCCUUUGCUUUCAGGUUCAGUUAGAAAUAACAAGCUGAAAAGCCACCAGGCUUCAUUUUUGAACCUGCCAAGGAACGGCCGACUUCAGAAGGAAACAGAAAUAUUGGGAAAGCCUGAUGUUAACUGCUUCAUUGUUCCCAAGAGGAAAAAAAUCCCCUGUGACUCCCUCAGCCGCGGGCUCCGGCCGGGAUGCACAAAUACUGCUGGGUCCACAGAUCUCUUGUUCUGUGCGCCCGUGUUUGCGCUCUGGCAGGGGAGAAGGGGCUGGAAUUCCCGCAGGGAAUGCCUCUGCCGGGAUUUUGCUGUCGCACGGAAGGUGCCCAGCCCCGAGGGGCGGCCGGCAGGACACAGGUGAGGCCGGGAAGGCUUUGGGGCCGGGCCGGGCACACGGAGAGCCUCGCUGGGAGAAGGAGGCGCCUGGGAAUUCCGGGAGCUGAUAGCGCAGCCCCGGGUAACUGAUUGACCUCUGCUGGCAAGCCGAGGUUCCCAGGACGAUAAGGAGCUCUUGGAAGGAAUUCCUUCCCUCGUGUGAGGGAGCGGCGGCCCCGGGCACGCUCGCAAACACGUCCGCAGCCCCGGGAGCUCCAUCCCGGCAGCGCAGCGUUUCCCCGGGGCUCGGGGAGGCUGGAAUUUCAUCCAGGAGUUCUCCGGGAGGGGAGAGGAGCUGGGAGCAGGGGCUGUGUUGCUGUUGCCCAGGGAUGCUCUGCAGACCACCCACGGUGCAGUGAGCCCCCAGACACCCCAAAUCCUCACCCAAGGGCUGGGGAAGGCCUGAGGAUGUGAGUGAGGAGGGGAUGAGGCUCCUCCUCCCCCUGGGAUGCCCGAGGGGCCCUGCCCAGCAGCCGAGGCAGGUCUGGGGUUUGGGUAGCGCUGAGCCCGCAGUGCCUGCGCUGCAGGAACUCCCCUGGGUGUAGCCGGCAGAGAUGCCCGCGGUGCUGCCCGCUGCCCCCGCGGCCACACGGGAAAAGCACCGGGCAGGAACGGGGUCCAGGAUCACAGACAGCCCUGGAUGGAGGAUGCUGGAUGGGCUGGACGUCCCCACAGGUGAGGAGUGUGAGUCCUGCUGGCCCCGCUCCCCCGAGCUGCUGCCCCGCUGGGACCACCAGGGACAACGGUGGUGGGACACGGCCAUGGCACCUGGGACACACCCUCAUCCCCAGGGAGUGGCACCAGGGACCCUGCUCCAAGGAAUGGCACCAGGUAAGGCUGGGGUGACGGAGCAGAGCAGCCCCACUCCCGAGGCAGGACACGGCUCCCCGGACCCCUCUGUGGUGCUGCUGGCUCCCAGGGACAGCUUUCCACCAGAGGUCUCGCUCUCCUUCUCCGUGGAGAGCCGCUCCUCGCGGUGCCGCAAUUCCCAGCUCCAGGAGGCUGCCAGGAGGAGGCUGUGGGCUCUGGAGAGCGAGGACAGAGCUGCCUGUGCCCUGUUCAGGGAGCUGUCAGCCAGGCUGGUCUGCAUGCAGGCACACGAGGAUCGCUUCCUCCUCACCUUCAAAACCCUGGAGGAGGUCUGGAAGUUUUCCACCUAUCUGACUUUAGGGUACGUGGGGACCUGCCUGGAGCAGCUGCUCUUUGCCCAGGAGUUCUGGCUGGACUGUGCCCUGGUGGAGGACACCGAGCUCAGGGUCACCGUGGAUGAGGAGCACCUGGCCACCAUCUACAUGGAUCUGCUCCUCCAGGAAGGGAACUUCUUCUCCAGGGCAGUGCCCGGUGUCUGGAAGUCGCAGCAGGAGGGAGAGGAGGGUCUGCAGCUCUGCAGGAACGAGCUGAUCCAUGUGAAGAGUGUUGGACAGGAUUCCAAAUGGGAAGGGAUGUCCCUGCUGACGGGGCAGCGAGGCGUGGUGCCCGUGACAGCUCUGGAGCCAAUACCUCACCCCUUUUACCAGUGGUUCCUGAGGAAUUAUGCUGUGGGGUUUGGCCUCUCCCAGGAGAUCAGCGGGACGAGCUCGCGGGCCAUUGUCAAAGGCAGGUGCAUCGCCACCAAGGACCACAGAGGAGCAGCGUGGGACGAGCUGAGCUUCUCCAAAGGAGACCCCAUAGAAAUCAUCGGCUUCUUCAUCCCUGGACUGCCCUGGUUUGUGGGGAAAUCCCUCAGCACCGGCAGCAUUGGCUUCGCUCCCACCCGACACGUAAAUCCCGAGGACUGUGAACCUCUGGGAAAGGGCUUGGUGUUCCUGAGCGAGGAGGAGAAGUGCCCAGUCCUGCACCUCCCCUGCGAUGGUGACGAGCAGCACUUUGCCACCCUCCUGGAGGACCUGGCACACACUGACAUCACCUCUGUGUACAGGCUGGCUGGUUUUGAAUCCACAGCAGAGUUCCCACAAGUGCCACCAGAGGCAGCUCUCCCCGGCAGCAAAGAAAUCCAAGUGCUCCAGUCUUGGGAGGAAAUCAACGACUGGGCUACCAGCAGCACCUCAGAGCUGUCCAGCCCAGGCAGUGAAACAGCCCCUGCCACACUGGAAGAUGUUCUCCUGGAGAAGCUGGACGACCUGGAUUAUCCCAAAUUCUUCAUCGACCUCAACGCUGGGCACAUGGAGGACGCUGAUGUCUUUGACCCCAUACUGACCUUCCUCAACCAAGACAGUUUCGUGCCCAGUUUCCAAAGCUUUUACGAUCUCAGCUUUUCCUUUCUCCACUCCACCUUUUAUGGUUUCUCUGAUGAGGACGAGCUGGUCCUGUACCUCGAGACUUCCCGCAACUGGGCCAAGAGGACUCGUUCAGUUUGGGCUCACGUCAGGCUCUGUUUCCUCUUGGGUAAGCUCUGCAUCAAGAAGGUCAAGUUCUCCCAGGCUCGGGUGUACUUCGAGGAAGCCAUGAGUGUCCUGGACAGGGGCUUUGGGGACCUGCCCCUGCUGGCAGCGCUGCACGUCAGCCUCGCCUCCGUCUACCUGAAGCAGAACAUGAAGCACAAGUUCUCCUCCCUGCUGGGGAAGACGUUGACCUUGCUGGUGUGCCUGCCCGGCCGCUCCUUCAGCUUGGAGAACGAGCUGGAGCUCCUCACCUACGUCCUGCGGGGAUCCAUCGCUGCGGGCAAUGCCCCGCUGGAGGCACGCGCCUGCUUCCUCACGGCCAAGCUCUUCCUGCAGCUGGGCAGGACCGAGGAGGUGCUGCCUUUCCUGGAGCAUCUCCAGUGUCUCAGCAGCGCCUGGCCCAGCCCAGGCAGCCGUGCCGGGCCGCUGGAUGCCGCCGCCACCUUGGGCUACCUCUACGACAAGAAGUGCCUGCCGAACCUGGCGCUGGCCUCUGUCAGGUCCUUCGUUCCCAGCGGCGCCAAGGGGACGCCCACGCCCGUCUGGAGAGCUGGCUUCAUCCUCCAGAGCGCUGCCAAGCUCCUGGGGAGGCAGCCGGACAGGAGCAGCAUCCCAGCAGUGGCCUGUUUGUACCUGCAGCAAGCGCUGCAGUUCUGCUGCGAGAGCAGGGCCGUGCCCAUGCAGAGGACACUCUGUGCCGUCCUGUCCAGGAUGCACCUGCAGCACGGGGCGCAGCUGCACGGGGCUGCACGUUACGCAGCCAGGGCUGCGGCCCUGGGCGCGCUGCUGGGGGACGAGGAGGCCUUUGAGUCCUCGCUGUGCCUGGCGUGGGUGCACCUGGUGCAGCGGCGGCCGGGCGCCGCCGGGGACGUGCUGCGGCGGCUGCGGCGCUCGCUGCGCGGCACGACCAGCGAGACCCAGCGCGGGGCCGUGCACAACCUGCUGGCCAUGGCCCUCAGCGGCCAGGGGCACGUCCAGGAGGCCGUGGAGAGCUUCCUGAGGGCCCUGCACAAGGCCAAGGAGACGGGGAGCAGGAGGAACCAGGCCGUGUCGCUGGCCAACCUGGGCCAGCUGAGCCUGUCGUGCGGGGCCGCCCAGCUGGCCGAGCUGUACCUGCUGUGGUCAGUGCGGCUCUACGCCGAGCUGCAGGGGCGCCAGGAGCUGGACACGGAGCUGGCACAGGUGCUGCUGUGGCUGGCGCAGGCCAUGGUGGACAGGCAGAGGAUGGAAGACGCCAAACUCUGCUACGAGCUGGCGCUGGGGUUUGCCCUGCAGUGGCAGAACCUGAGGGGUCAGCUGCACGUCACGGAGCGUCUGUGCCACUUCUACAGCAGAGUGUGCCCCGACCUGCAGACCUGCAUCACCUACCACGAGCACUGGGCGUCCUUGGCACGGCAGCUGCAGCGCAGGGAGCUGGAGGGCAGCGCCAGGCAGGCCCUCAGCCAGCUCUACCAGGCUCUGGGCACACCUGAGGCUUGGAGACAAUCCCUGGACUGCACCAAGCAGAGCCUGAGGAUCUUCAUCGACCUCGAGGAGGCUGCUAAGGCAGCAGAGGCCUGGCUGCAGGCAGGAAAGCUCUAUUAUCUUCUAGAGGAGGAUGAGCUGGUGGAAAUGUACUUCCAGGCAGCCAUCCAGACUGCUCUGAAAGGGGACAACCUCUCCCUGGCCAUGGAUCUGUACGAGAGGGCAGGUGACACCUUCUUCAACGGCAGCAGGAGCAGGGCCCGAGCAGUGGAGUUUUACAGGGGAGGUGCUGUGCCCCUGGCCAGGAGACUCAAGGCCACGCAGACAGAGCUGCGGCUGUUCAACAAACUGGCAGAGCUGCAGAUCAGCCUGCAGGGCUACGAGAAGGCUCUGGAGUUUGCCACGCUGGCAGCCAGGCUCAGCCUCAGGGUCGGGGAUCAGCUGCAGGAGCUGGUUGCCUUCCACCGCCUGGCCACAGCCUAUGACCUGCUGCACAUGUAUGAGAUGGCCGAGGAUUGCUACCUGAAGACCCUGGCCAUGCAUCCCCCCGUGCUGCAGAGCUCAGCAGAGGCCCUGUACUACUGCAAGGUCUACUGGCACCUGGGCAACCUGGCUCUGCACAAGCUGAAGGAUGAACAGGAUGCAGCCACCUACUUCCUGCUGGCCCUCGCCGCAGCCGCCGAGCUGGGAGACCAGGAGCUGCAGGCCCUGCUCCAUGCCAAGCUGGCUGCCAUACCCGCAGCCCCGGGGGCACCUGAGGGCACACCAGGCCGUGCCAUGGACCGGCCCCGCUGGCUGAGCCAAGGUGGACACGUGGUGUGA